GUCACGUCAAUCUCAGCCUGGCCCUGGCCAUUUCGCAGCGGAUCGUCAGGGCAUCGCGAUGCUAAAUCUGGGGAAGGUUUGACCCGGGCUCCGGCUAUAAAUACCGGGUGUUUCUUCUAAUUAUUCACAAAACAUCCCCAUGGUUCUUCGUUGUUUCCACAUUCAACACUCACGUAUUCACAAUGGUCCAACUCUCCCUUCUCACGGCCGCCAGCCUUAUGGUGCCCGGCAUGCUCGCCGCCCCCGCUGCUGAGCCGGCCAGCAACCUCCAGGCCCGCUUCGACGGAAACGGCUUCAACAGCUGGUCGGAAGGCGGCAGCAACAUCCGCUGCGUGAACGGCCAGGGCGGUUCCUUCACGGCCGACUGGGACAGCCAGGGCGGUUUCGUCUGCGGCAAGGGAUGGAAUGGGCAGGGCGCCAGAACCAUCACCUUCAGCGGCACAUACAACGCCACCGGGCCGGGCUACCUGGCCAUCUACGGGUGGACGCGCAACCCGCUGAUCGAGUACUACAUCGUCGAGUCGUACCCGGAGCUGGCGCCCAACGAGGUGUGGACGUCCAAGGGCGAGUUCACCAUCGACGAGGGCACCUACGAGAUCUUCACCAGCACGCGCGUCAACAAGCCCUCCAUCGAGGGCACCCGCACCUUUGAGCAGUACUGGUCCGUCCGCAAGGAGAAGCGCGUCGGCGGCACCGUGACCACCACCAAGCACUUCGAUGCCUGGAAGGAGCAGGGCAUGACCCUGGGCACGUACGACUCGGUUAUUGUGGCUGUGGAGGGCUAUACUGCUGAUGGUGGGCCCGGCAGCAGCGGGUCGGCGAGCAUCAACAUCGAGUAGGUGGAUGGAUGGUGGUGGUCUGGUGCUGUACAUAGGAACCCUCGAGUGUGAUCACGACGGUUGUUCUCGCUGUCCCUCGGAUGGGAGUUGAGGUUAGGCUUGGCAAAGCUUGUCUAUACAAACGAACAGUGUGUCUGGGUUCCUCUUGGCAACUCUCGGCCGU